AUGCAAGCUUCUUCUUAUCCCACAAUCUCCGAUGUUAGCAUAAUCAAUGCUUCAAAAAUUGAUCAAUACAUGGAUAUAAUGGAUUCUUCUACAUUAGUAGCUGCAGUAUUAGAUCCACACACAAAGGUGUAUUGA